AUGAGUCUGGACUCAUGGAGACUGGAGACAACACAUGCCCGUGCACACACAGUGGCAAGUCCCAUGACUCAGAAGAGAGCAAGCGAGGAGAGCAGACAUUCCACCCUGGAUGACAUCAACGAGUGUACCACGGUGCCCGACGCCUGCAAGGGCGGCAUGAGGUGCAUCAACCAUUUCGGAGGCUACUUCUGCCUGCCCCAGAAUGCCCAGAUCAUCGUCAGUAAUGGUGACGAAGAGCCCACCGUGACCCCUCUGGUGGAGGAACAGCGUCCUCUGGCACCCGCCCCUGCUCUGCCUGUCCGACGGGUCAUCCAGAGCCCCUUCCAAAGCCAGGGCACCAUGCAGUGUGCCGCGGGGUUUGUGGUGGACGAGCUCAACUACUGCCGUGAUGUAAACGAGUGUGAGGGGAGCAACCCCUGUCAGCACCAGUGCUACAACAUCAUGGGCUCCUUCAUCUGCCAGUGUGAGCAGGGUUAUGAGCUAGCCUCUAACCAAGCCUCCUGCCAAGAUAUCGACGAAUGCGCCUUCUCGAGUUACAUGUGCCAGUGGCAGUGCGUGAAUCAGCCUGGAGGAUAUGUCUGUGCCUGUCCCGAGGGAUACCAGCUCCAAGGCAACCGAAUGUGCCAAGACAUAGAUGAGUGUGAAACAGGAAACAACUGCCGCGAGGACGAGAUGUGUUGGAACUACUUUGGCGGUUUCCGCUGCUACCCCAGGAACCCUUGCCAUGAGCCCUAUGUGAAGACAGGAGAGGGGUGA